UAUUUAUUUUAGAUGUGGUAUAUUGUCCUAAUUUCUGUUGCUGGGCCUUCUAGCUAUGGACCUUUGUAAAAGCUGUGACAGUUUAAUUUCUCAAUGAAUUGUGAAAGUAGUUCUGGAUUCUGUCACCCCAGUUGUGAGCAAUAUGAGUAUUAUUUUGGUAGUGAUGCAGAGGUUUUUAAAGCAUAAUUUGAUUUCUUGAUUUCUGUUAAAGUAUUUGUCUUGAUUUUUAGUGCACAUAGAAUUCAUUAAAGGGUUAAUGUACAUUUGUUUUUAUAUAUGAAAUGUCACUUAAACAUAACUUCAAAAAUGUCAUGUCAAGAAUUUGUUUUGUUGUCUUGUUAAAAAUUGUUGUAUAUGUUGAACACACUAGUACAUACCUCAUGUUCUAGUGGUUCUGACUGGCAUUUCUAGCUUCCUUGUACAUUUGCACCUUAAAAAUGGAAAUUAUAGAAAUUUUCAACUAUUGUAAGCCACUAAAGGAUUUUCCUCAAUAUUUUUGUGUUAUGAAAGCCAAACACUUACUCCUUGCCACCAAGGCUUACCAGCUUUUUCCAUGUGGAGGUUAAUAGUUUUUAGGUUAUAUUAACUGAAUUUGUAAUUAAAUACAGUGAAAUGAAAAAUUCAAUGGGAUAUAGAAAUAUUUUGGAUUUCUUUACAAGAUUAAUUUAUAAUGGAGUUCAUAGAUCUUAUGAAAUAAAAUUGAAAGCAAUUCUGUUUCUUUCAUAAGUAUAAUAUUAUAAAAUAAUUGUAGUCUCUUUUCUUAGAUAAUUUUUUUUUUACAUUGGCAGGUAUUGUACUCAGGGAUUUCAUCUUGACAUUUCCAUACAUGCAUAUAAUGUACCUGAUCAUAAAGAACAAAACCCAAGUCUGUCACAAUAAAAAAUUGCAGUUUAUUAGAUAAAACUUUGAUGUGUGCAAGAGAUACUUCUUCGAGUUUUUGGAGUUGGUUUUCUUUUUGUGUUGCUGUUCUUGGACUUGUUUUAGUGCUGCUGUUUACCUCGCAUGUGCCUGAUUGACAUUAUGAUGCAUUCGUGUGGAAAUUAUGAAAAAGUUGUUUUCAUGCAGCUGUCCUGUCCUCACAAAAGAACUUCACUGCAUGAAAAGCAAACAUAUCAUUCAGCAUACAAUGCUUAAUCUGUUCAGGAGCCCAAACCUGUUGCUGUUCAAUGACAGAAGAAAGGACAGGGAUUAACUUGAAGAUGCUUGUGCAUGACAUAUGGUAAUUUCUCCAUAGGAAGGAAGUGUCAAAUGGUGACCUCUGAAUCUUAACAUUGACCUCCAGUUGUAGAAUGUGUGUGCCAUAAGGUCCUUUGGCUUUUUCAUAUGAUAAUUUAAGCUGAAACAUUUUCCUGGUAACACAACCUUUUUGGGGGAGGGGUUGGUUCAAUUAGUUUAUAAGAAUUAUAAAAUUCACAAUAAUUAUUUUUAGCUCAUACAGCAUUUACAUAGCAAAAAUAUUUUUAAAACUUCAGUAAGUAUGAAGAUUCUUCUAACAUAAGUUAAACCUAAUAUGUAGCAAAUAUUCUUUACAAGUUGGUAUGUUUUAAAUUCAGUUUUUAUUUUUAUUAUAGCCCCAUUGUUUUAGAGCUAUGUUUUGCACUGUUUGACACCUCAUUCCUCUGUAAUAUUAAAUCAAAUUUGACUUUAAGAUUAAGUUAAGGUACAUUGUGGUUGCUAGUCAAUGAAAUCCAUCAUCUCCUGCUGUAAUUUUUAAUGGGCAUGCCCUUCUGAUUAAGACAUCAUUUUUCAGUUUUAUGUUCACUAUAUUUUGCCAGCUUUAUUUUUGUUCUGCAGUAAUACUGAGCUUUUUUUCAGAAACUGCUGUACCUCAAUUCUCUCCUCUUUAUUUCUUCUAUUUUCCUCUGCAAGUUGCUGCUCCUGUUGUUUCCGCUCGGUCUGAUGCUGAUCACUCUGGCUCUGACUCUGCUUCUACUCCUGCUUUACAUACCUGUUUCUUAGUCAAUGAAGGAUGGAGUCAGUUAGCUGCUAUGCACUGUGUUAUGCUGCCAGACCUGCUAGGAUUGGAUAAAUUCAGGCCCCCACUUCUGGAGAUGCUGGCCCGAAGAUGGCAAGAUCGAUGCCUGGAGGUAAGAGAAGCUGCACAGGCCCUGCUUCUAGCCGAGCUGAGAAGAAUUGAGCAGGCAGGACGGAAGGAAGCCAUUGAUGCCUGGGCUCCUUACUUGCCUCAGUAUAUGGACCACGUCAUCUCACCUGGAGUAACAACAGAAGCCAUGCAGACUAUGACUACUGCUCCUGAUGCCUCCGGGCCAGAAGCCAAAGUCCAGGAAGAAGAACAUGACCUUGUGGAUGAUGACAUCACCACUGGUUGCUUAUCCAGUGUCCCACAAAUGAAGAAAAUUUCCACAUCUUAUGAGGAAAGACGGAAGCAAGCUACUGCCAUCGUUUUACUAGGAGUUAUAGGAGCUGAAUUUGGUGCUGAAAUUGAACCUCCUAAACUAUUGACCAGACCCCGAAGCUCUAGUCAAAUUCCUGAAGGAUUUGGUUUGACUAGUGCUGGAUCUAACUACUCAUUGGCCAGGCAUACUUGCAAGGCACUGACAUUUCUUCUGCUACAGCCUCCAAGCCCCAAACUUCCUCCACACAGCACUAUCCGGAGAACAGCCAUCGACCUGAUUGGGCGAGGAUUCACAGUGUGGGAGCCUUACAUGGACGUGUCAGCUGUUCUCAUGGGGCUUCUAGAACUUUGCGCAGAUGCCGAGAAACAACUUGCCAACAUCACAAUGGGUCUGCCUCUGAGCCCAGCAGCGGACUCUGCCCGCUCUGCAAGGCAUGCCCUCUCCCUCAUUGCCACUGCCAGACCACCCGCCUUCAUCACCACCAUAGCCAAAGAGGUGCAUAGACAUACGGCUCUUGCAGCCAAUACCCAAUCACAGCAGAAUAUACACACGACAACCCUUGCACGAGCUAAAGGGGAAAUUCUGAGGGUCAUUGAAAUUCUUAUUGAAAAGAUGCCUACAGAUGUCGUGGAUCUUCUUGUGGAGGUUAUGGAUAUCAUUAUGUACUGCCUUGAAGGAUCUUUGGUUAAAAAGAAAGGUCUUCAAGAAUGUUUUCCAGCUAUCUGCAGGUUCUACAUGGUCAGCUAUUACGAGCGGAAUCACAGAAUAGCAGUGGGAGCGCGCCAUGGUUCAGUGGCCCUGUAUGACAUCCGAACUGGAAAAUGUCAGACAAUCCAUGGACACAAGGGACCAAUCACUGCAGUGUCCUUUGCUCCUGAUGGACGUUAUCUUGCCACCUACUCAAAUACUGACAGCCACAUUUCUUUCUGGCAGAUGAACACAUCGCUCUUGGGGAGCAUCGGCAUGCUGAACUCGGCCCCUCAGCUGCGCUGCAUUAAAACCUACCAGGUGCCCCCCGUGCAGCCAGCAUCCCCCGGCUCCCACAAUGCACUCAGGCUGGCCCGGCUCAUCUGGACUUCCAACCGCAAUGUCAUCCUCAUGGCCCAUGACGGGAAGGAGCACCGCUUCAUGGUCUAACAUCACUGUCUGCUGCCCCAACUGCCUUUUAGUACUCUAGGUUCUCUAGGCUGAUGUUGCUCUGUCCUGUGACGUGGGGUUACUCCUCGGUGCCUGCCCACCCCAGUGGCAUCCAGGGGUGCAGCCAGGACUGUGUCACUCAUGCAUGCUUCUUGGGAGCAGUCCCCUGCAUGGGCCCUGUUGAUUCCGAGGCGCAUAUACACACCAUUUGAUGGGAUGUGGCCAUUCUGUCACUAGGUAGUUUUUCCCUGCCAGAUGGGAGGGGAGAGCCAGCAGUUCCUGGGGCCGCUCUUGUUGCUUGGUGCAACAGAAGCCUGAAAAUCAAUAACCACUGUGAUUGCACUCCCAGCCCCACGGCAUUUAUAGCUCUCAAAGCCCGGCUCUGAAAUGCUGCUCAAAUCUGGUCGGGCUGACACUGGGUGUUGAGGUGAUGUGGCAGUCCUCAUUAUUGAAAUUACUUCCCUUUGGACGUCCUGAAACAUACUAUUGUUUACCAAACAGAUUGUGUGUUUACAUGUUUUUCUCUGCCUGUGAUUGGUAGGAAAUUACUCAAUUCAACUUCCUAGGCUUUAGUCACUAUCUUCCUUAGUAAUGCUUAGCUGUUGAGAUUAAUAAGAAAUAUUAAAAUACAUACAUUUUCCCCAUAGAAAAUACAGCUUUCCAGACACCUAGCUUUCUAGGGUGUUCAUUCCUUCUUAUAUGAUAGUAUAUUUAGUAGUCUAAAAUAAAAAUCAUCACAAUCUUAUGAUCUAGCUAAUCUAAUUAUCUAGUCCUAUAAUCAACCUCUAGAGGGACUUUUGUUAUAAAGAGCCAAGUUUGGAAGCAUAGCGUACCCUACAAUGAAGGUUCUCCAUGAGUUGCUACAGCUCUUGUGUUCAGGGAAUUGCUGCCUCCUUCUUUCAGGAACUUUAUCACCUAUGUGUCUGACAUAUGUCAGUUAUUAGUGAUAACUACAAGCCAGCCUUCCAACUGCUUAUCAAUUAAAGAAAAACUAGGAAGGCACUUUUUAAAAUAAGUAUCCUAGUAAACAACUAUGGUGGCACUUUGUUGAGAGUGUCUGUAAAAGUAUGAGCACUCACGGUCAGCUUAUUUGAGUGGAUAUUACAAUGAAGGUGUUCAUCAUGUUCCCAGUAGACUUUAACUGGACCACUUUCCUCUCCUCGUCAGACUGUGGUGGUCUUACUUACAGUAAUGGGAAAAAUCCAUAACAUAUUUUAUAUAUGAAUUGCUCCUAAUAAACUUUGAUCUAUAUAUAAUUGGAGGAGUUAGUUUGGUUAGUUGUUGAUUGAUCGGUCAGUUAGGCAAAAUAGUUUGUUAAAUGCAAAAAUAGAAAAGGAUUUAUUAAAUUCAGAGAAAAUAUGCAAAAUUAACAGAGGAAUCAAAAGAAUAAUGGGAGUAUUAAUCUUUAAAACAUAGGUUGUCAGAGUUUAUGUAAUAUAUAAAAACUUAGGAUCAAGGUCCUGGAACACAUAUGUCUUAUUUUACUGAAAUAGAGUCUUACAGAAAGAACAUAUUAAGAAAUUAAGACUCCCAGAAUGUCUCCUUCCCACUGAUGUAAAAUAUGUUGUUUCCAUUAAUGGCAACUCUGUACUAUUCCUUGGUUGUAGAUGUCGGUUGUACUUUCAAAGGUGAGUUAAUGCCGCAUGCAUGUACAUUGUAUUUAUAGUGAUUGUAUGUGUAGUUUCCAAGAAAGAAACAAAGAAAUAUACAGUAUAGACUUUGUUUGUUUGGUGAACAUGCUGCUGUGUUCAGUGUAGAUAGGGAAAUGUGAGGUAAACUAAAAGAUGCAUUUUUGUCUUCCAGUGGGCUUCUGAGUAUCCCCUGUACCCAGCACAUGUUUACUUUAAGAACUUAAGUGGAAGUUAAUUGAUUCUGGACUACAAAAUUGUUUGGAAUAAUGAAAUUAUUAGAAAAAUUUUAGCAAACUGUUCUAUGCAUCAGGAAAGUGGUGUGGGACCAGAAGGUAGGCCACUGCAAAUGUGCAGAUGGGACCCAUCACAGAGGUUGGAAACAAAGCUGUGAGGUCUGAGGGAGCAAAACCCUGGUGCUGGGCUCAGUCCAGGCCUUCCACGUCCUGCAGGGGAGGGAAAGCUUGAUGGCUAGACAGCAUCUCUAACUGCUCCACUAAUGCAUUCUUUCUAACAUAAUGCUCUCCUCGGCUGUUUUGACACCCACAGUCCCAAAUUUCAUCCCAGCUUAGAGUGUCAGCACUAUGGUAAACUCUGCAUUGUCAUCCCAGUGUGUGCUUUCAGUGUUUUAUUGAUUUUGUUGGCACUGCAUUUGGACCUGUCCUUGUAAUUGUAGAAACAUAAGUGGUUUCAUUGGCAAUUUACAAGCAAACGAUGACAUGAUGUGACACCUGUAUAAAAUUCUUGUAAUGACUUGACUCACUGUGUACAGCGAGUGAAUUAAAAUGUCUGCCACCCAAGACAUUUCUUUAUGAUUCCACUGAACAGAUUCUACAUGUGCUGAU